AUGUUAGCUGAUUACAAUAUUUUUGGUGAUUUUUGUGAUCGAAUUUUACCAUUUCUUAAUUUUGGUGUUUAUUUAUUACAUGGUCAUACGUUUUUCACGUUAACUUUACUUGCAAUAGCAUUAAUAAUAUUUAUUGUGACAGUUUUCUAUCAUCGCAAUAUAAGACGACAAAAUAAUGUAUUACGUAGAGAAAAACGUGAAUGCAAACCACAAAGACGUCGUGAAAUUCUCUUUAAAACUCUUCUUUUAUCCAUUUGCGCCUAUUUUACUUCAAUUGCUGGACAAUCAUUUGUUGAAAUAGCUGUUUUUUGGGCUGAAAAUCGUGAAGAUGCGAUGGAAUGGGCUCGAUGGUUUCAGCUGGCAAGAAUUGCCGCAUUUGUUGAUCCUCUCUUCAAUCCAUUACUGGUUAUAUUGAGGGUACCAGCAAUGAAUGCUAAGUUACAAUGGUUUGGACAAUGUAUUAGCAAUAUGACAGCAUUAUUUUGUUGUCGUAAAAGAGCUAAACAAGAGAAGAGGAUGAAAGUAAAAACAAAUUUUGGCAUCGAUCCGGAUAUCUCUAAUGACUCCUCAUACCAUACAUUCCGAUAA